GUUUUUCCUUAUAUAUUCUUCACAAAAGACGAUAAAUGAAGAGGUGGUGAAUAGUGUAAAAGUCAAGUAAAAAAAAUGGAGGAAGUAGGAAUUAGGGUCAAGGAGAGGUGGUUUGCUAAGAAAGAAAGAUAUGGUAUUCAUACAUGCGUGCAAGAAAAAUCAACUAUAUGGCCCUAUGGGGGUCUAGGUAGUUACAUGAUUAUUUUAUUUUAUUUUAUUUAUUUAUUUUAUCUAUAUAAUUUUAAUGGUGUUGCAUAAUCUUUUUAAGUGUAACUUGAAUCCUACCUGGAUUUGAUAAACUCUUUGGGAAAAAAAAAAUAUGAAUAAGGCUCAUUGUGGUUUAUUUUAAUUUGGCUGAAAUUAUAUUAUCUGAUGUAUAUGUCCAAUCAAUUUAUUUGAAUAAAGAAUAUUUAGUAUGAAAUUAUCUUAACUUAUUUGAAAUUGUUUAAAGUUAGGCCUUAAAACAACUUAUUUUAUUUGAACUAAACUUACUCGUAUUUCAGUUAACGAGAACGAAAAUGCUCUCUUACAUAUUAUCCUGAUCGUAAUUAGAAGAACUAAUGAUAAUUGAUCGGAUUUUGAUUGGGUGGAGUUUCACCCACAUCCAUCUCCCAUUCAAUUCCCUCCACCCAAUUUAAUUCACCCGUCCAUGUAAUUUGGGUUUUUGUACAUUCAUUUAAAAUGGAUAGAUUGGGUUCAUAGAUAUCCAUUUAUUUUUGACAUCCUUAGUAAUAGAGCAAUAAUCCUUCGUUUAACUUACUAAUUGUUGUCUAUUUAAUUAUGUAGACUUAUAUCAUAUACAUGGGUGGUCGGAUUAAUCCAAACGUUCCGGCAAAAGACCUUCAUAUUGAUAUGUUAAGCGGCGUUCUUAAUGGUGUUCCUCGUCACAAGGUUUCAGAACACCUACUCUAUUCUUACGAGAAUUUUCAUGGAUGCGUAGCAAAACUAACUGAAAACGAGGCAAAGGUUAUCGCUGAUAUGGUAGGAGUUGUUUCGGUAUUUCCAAAUGAAAAGUAUGACCUUCAUACAACAAGGUCCUGGGAUUUUAUGGGUUUCCCUCUUAAUGUCGAAAGAAGCAACACCGAGAGCGAUGUUAUCGUUGGUGUAAUUGAUUUUGGAAUUUGGCCUGAAUCUGAAAGCUUUCAAGAUGAAGGUCUUGGUCCACCUCCCACCAAAUGGAAGGGCCGAUGUCACAAUAUUACUUGUAACAACAAAAUAAUUGGCGCACAAUAUUUUCGAGCCGAUGGAGAAUUUAGCAACGGCGACAUAGCAUCCCCUAGAGAUACAAACGGACAUGGAACACACACUGCCUCAACAGUUGCUGGAGGAGUUGUAAAAAUGGCUAGCUUCCUAGGCCUCGGCCAAGGAACUGCUCGAGGGGGCGUACCAUCUGCUAGAAUCGCGGUGUACAAAUCGUGUUGGUCUGACAGUUGCUUAUUUGCUGACAUAUUAGCAGCAUUUGAUGCAGCUAUAUCAGAUGGGGUGGACAUCAUUUCAGUUUCACUUGGAAGUAGUCGAGCCCAAGCACGACCGUACUUCACUGAUCCAACAGCCAUUGGUGCAUUUCAUGCAAUGAAAAAAGGUAUCUUAACUUCUGCCUCUGCUGGAAAUAGGGGUCCUGGACUUCAAAUUCUUGGAAAUUAUGCACCUUGGAUACUUACGGUUGGAGCUAGUACUAUGGAUCGUAAGUUUACCACUAAGGUUCAACUUGGUAAUGGCAUGGUGUUCGAGGGAACUUCACUAAAUACAUUUGACACCCAACAUAAGACGUUUCCCCUGAUUUAUGGAGGAGAUGCACCAGACACUGAAUUAUCAAACUCAUCAAAUUCGAGGUUUUGUUUACAUAAUACAUUAAAUAGUACAUUGGUGGAAGGCAAGAUUGUUUUAUGUGAUAGAUUUAUAAGUGGGGAGGAGCCUUAUCUUGCUGGUGCAGCUGGGGUUAUAAUGCAAGAUGUCGAACCCCAUGAUCUUGCAGCUCCCUUUCCUCUCCCUGCAUCUUAUCUUCGUGUUGAUGAUGCUGCUCGCGUUCUCUCCUACACUAGAAAUCUAACAAGUACUCCAUUUGGAACAAUACAUAAAAGUGUAGAAGUGAAGGAUACAUCAGCACCAUAUGUAGCUUCAUUUUCCUCCAGAGGUCCUCAUCCACUCUCGCCCCAUAUUCUUAAGCCCGACUUAGUUGCCCCUGGAGUGAACAUCCUAGCAGCCUGGCCACCGAUAGCAUCUGUUACCGGUGUUGAAGGUGAUACGCGAUCUGUGCCUUAUAACAUGUUGUAUGGGACUUCCAUGGCAUGUCCACAUGCCACUGCUGUUGCUGCUUAUGUUAAGUCUUUCCAUCCAACUUGGUCCGCGGCUGCUAUAAGAUCUGCUCUCAUGACUACUGCUUUACCAAUGAGUAAUACAAAUGAAGAAGCUGAAUUAGCGUAUGGUUCAGGCCAUAUAAAUCCAUUAAAGGCUAUAGACCCCGGCCUAGUGUACGAUGCUGAAGAGGGUGACUAUGUGAAGUUUUUGUGCAGUCAAGACCUCAACGACACUCAUAUUGGAUUAAUAACCGGUAUAAACAGCAGUUGCCACAAAAAUCGUGCUAAUUGGGAUCUUAACUACCCUUCAAUCGCGCUCCCUACAAAUUUAGGCCCCUUUGACACAAUGUAUACUAGGACUGUCACUAAUGUUGGUUCUCCAAAUUCUACUUACAAGGCUGCAGUAACUACGCCGCAAGGGCAGGCAUUGUCUAUCAAAGUUCGACCAUCUGUUUUGUCAUUCAACUCGGUUGGACAAAAAAUGUCCUUCAAUGUGAGGGUUUAUGGGACAAUUGGUAUGAGAGCUUUGAUGUCAGCUUCUUUGGUGUGGGAUGAUGGUCAACAUCAAGUUCGAAGCCCUAUUGUUGUGUUUAAUUUGUCUUAGAAGUUCUUGAUGAGCUGCAAAUUGGAUAAAUCGAGUUAGUUUUGUGGU